AUGAAGCUUAAAAAUGGCAAAAAGCAAACAUUCCCCUGGUUUGGCAUGGAUAUCGGUGGAACUCUGGUUAAAUUGGUCUACUUUGAGCCGAAGGAUAUUACAGCUGAAGAGGAGCAAGAGGAAGUGGAGAACCUGAAGAGCAUCAGGAAGUAUUUGACAUCCAACGUUGCUUAUGGGAAAACCGGGAUCCGAGACGUCCACCUGGAAUUAAAAAACUUGACCAUGUGUGGACGCAAAGGGAACCUGCACUUCAUCCGCUUCCCCAGCUGUGCCAUGCACAUGUUCAUCCAGAUGGGCAGCGAGAAGAACUUCUCCAGCCUUCAUACCACUCUCUGUGCCACGGGAGGUGGGGCUUUCAAGUUCGAAGAGGACUUCAGAAUGAUCGCGGACCUGCAGCUCCAUAAACUGGACGAACUGGAUUGUCUGAUCCAGGGCCUGCUCUACGUAGACUCCGUGGGCUUCAAUGGCAAGCCAGAAUGUUACUAUUUUGAAAAUCCCACCAAUCCCGAAUUGUGUCAAAAAAAGCCGUACUGCCUUGAUAACCCAUACCCUAUGCUGCUGGUGAACAUGGGUUCGGGGGUCAGCAUCCUAGCGGUGUACUCCAAGGACAACUAUAAAAGAGUGACAGGGACCAGUCUUGGAGGUGGAACAUUCCUAGGUCUGUGUUGCUUGCUGACGGGUUGUGAGACCUUUGAAGAAGCUAUGGAAAUGGCAGCUAAAGGCGACAGCACCAAUGUUGAUAAGCUGGUGAAGGACAUUUACGGAGGAGACUAUGAACGAUUUGGCCUUCAAGGAUCUGCUGUAGCAUCCAGCUUUGGCAACAUGAUGAGUAAAGAAAAGCGAGAGUCCAUCAGCAAGGAAGACCUCGCCCGAGCCACGCUGGUCACCAUCACCAACAACAUCGGUUCCAUUGCUCGGAUGUGUGCACUGAAUGAGAAUAUCGACAGAGUUGUGUUUGUUGGGAAUUUUCUCAGAAUCAAUAUGGUUUCCAUGAAGCUGCUAGCAUAUGCCAUGGAUUUUUGGUCCAAAGGACAGCUAAAAGCUCUGUUUUUGGAACAUGAGGGUUACUUUGGAGCUGUUGGGGCCCUGUUGGAACUGUUCAAAGUGACUGAUGACCAGUAG